CUUGUUCACGCGUUUGUGGUUUGGCAAAUUUUGACAAUUUCGAUUUUCUUUGUAAUUUUUACCGCAUUUCUCUGCGAUUUUCCACUUUUAACGAACACAAAAAGGACAGAAGACCUCACUCAUUGUUCAAAGGUGUGGAAUAUUUGGCUGUUUUAACUUAAAAUGUCGUACGAUCAUCAUCAUCGCAUCUACUUGGGUCGGUUGCCAUACGGCACGCGGGAACGAGAUAUUGAAAAGUUUUUGCAAGGAAGCGGCAGAGUACGCGAUAUUAACUUGAAGAACGGCUUUGGGUUUGUGGUAAGUUUAUAGUUUAUCAUGUGGCUUGAUAAAAUAGCAGAUUAAUACUGUUUUUAGAGGUGAAAGCUCAAAAUACUUGAUUCAGAAAUAUUACGUCAUUUGCAUGUGUUGACCGAUGUAAGCUAUCUUGAGAAAAUUGAUAUGAAAUGUGUUUGUACUAAACUUUUGGUUUUGAUUAUAGACAUUUGAUGAUCCUCGGGAUGCACGAGAUGCUGUGUCGGAUUGUAACAAUCGAGAAUUGCUUGGUGAAAGGUAUGUAGUCAACCUAUUAAUCUCGAACGGUAGUGGGUUUUUCAGUGGUGCAGUCGUCAGAGACCCUCUGAGAUUGUGGGUGGUGCAACCCUCUGAGAUUGUGGGUUUGAGUCUCGCUAUGGACUCAUGUGUGGACUUGUGUGAAAUGAGUCAGUCAAUAAUCUGCUGAAAGUCGUGCCUAUGCAGGCUAUGGUCAAAUAGAUUUUUACCCCUAUCAUAUAUUUUUCUCGCAAUUGAAUUACCCCUGUCCACCAUUCCAUCACAGACCAGUCAUUUUUAGUUAAAGAAAAAUGAACUUUCUCUUCCAAGUUAUUUUGGAAUUGCAGAUUCUUUGUGUUUGCUUUUUCCCAUUGCAAAACAGGGCUACAAUUGCAUGAUAAAAUCUAUUUGUUGACUAAAAGUAUUUCUUGUAAUUUGUAGAAUUCUUGUCGAGGCUUGCCGUGGCUCUAGCUCAAGGGGAUAUAGCGGUGGUCCAAGACAAACUAAAGGAAGAGACAAGUAUGUUCUGAGGCCCUAGGAAAUCUAGUUUAUUACCAAAUGUUUAAAUGUGCCCUACUUUAUUAUUUGACUCUGAUGUCAGACAAUUUUUACACAUCAAGGGGGGAGUGAUGCUACUCAAUGGGUUAAUCAGACUAUUUAAGUGGCAGCGCUAUCCAAAUUGUCUGGCGUUAGACAAAGAUAAUAAAGUACUGUGCAUCAGGACACAUUGCUAUUUGAAAGAUUAACUUAAGGUUACAAUAUAUGAUGAGACUCUGAUUUUGUCCAAAAAAUUUUUUUAUAUAGUUAUAUUAAGUAAUAAUAUAUCUAUCAAUUCCAGCAACUUUUUUAAGAAAAUGUUAAAAAGCGACCGAGAUAUAGGGGAACAUGCUAUGACCACUGAAUAGCUUCGCGCGAAACUUGUAAUUAUGAUUGACUCGAAUUGUCAGUCUGACCUCUUGCGGUUAAAUACAAUUAGUAAGGAACCGGUCUAAGCCAACACGCAAACGCAGUAGAAAAGUCACCGAAGCCAACAUCGCGCAUAGCUUGAAGCCAACAUCGCGCGUAGCUUGAACUUCGAGAGACUCUGUAAAUACUACAUUAUAAGCUUUCUAAUGUUGUCACAAUGAUCUAUGCCUCCGAACAAUAACUUAUACUUUAGUGAAUUUCACACCUUGAUAUUUGACGCCAGCAAAGUUCACACUUUGUGGUUUGGCCACAAGUGGAUUAACAUUGGGGGCGUAGAAAUGACAGAAAGAGUGGAAACCUUGCCAAAUCUUAUGUGGUCAUUUGAAGACAAAGCAAAAUUACCCAAUCUCCUCGACAAAAAAGAGUUUAACGACAGAACGUUUUACCCGAUUCGUCCCAAACUUGACCACAAUGUUAAUCAAUAAUAAAGGAACUAAAAGGUGUUCGCGUUUUCGAUUUAGUGCAUUACUUUUCAAUUUAGAAGCAUCUCUUCAACCGCUUAUACUCGCGCAAGAUAAGUCAAGUUGUCUGCUUUAUAUCAAAGCGAAUACAAUAGCUGUCAAAAAAUGCGAACACAUAGAUGAGAAAUAUGAUAUUUUGGGAGCUCCUGAGUUAAACGGUCUGUCGUUAAAUCUCGUGGCGCAGGAGGUGCUAUUUUUCAAAAGAUGUCUCAUUGCGACUACAGGUUAAAACGUGGUGAAUUUUGGUUAAAACAGUAUAGGCCGUGAGAUGAGGGUCGAAAAUAUGCUUAGAAAACAGAUUCCGUAGCACCCCUCGUGUAACUACAUAAUUUUUACAUGAAUCUAUAGAUUAUAACUUACUUAGUUAGAAUCCACUUCCCCCCAAGCGAAAUAGUUGCACAAAUUGAAGUAUAAGCUCUUCAAAGUUCACGCUUCCUCGUGUUUCGGAAUCCAUGAACCGCCAUUGUUGUGUUGCAAAUACGCAUGCGCUUGAACACAAAACACGUAAUGCGCACGCGCAGAUAAGAAAAACUGAUCUCAACUAGGACUGGACAAGGAAAAAAUUAUGAAAUGUGCGAAAGCAGGGCUGAAGUAAAACAAGAUGACAUCGGAAUAUUUUAAAAAUAUAUGAUAUUUUUAUGUUCUGUGCAUUUUAAUGGAGUUUAAAAACAUUUUGAGCAAUGUACCAUAUGCAUGUCGAGCCCUCGCCAGGAACAAUUCCAAGCCAACAUUACAAUAAUAACUUAUUUAAAAUAUGAUGUUAUUUUAUACUACAGCAAUUGCAUAACGUUUGCAAGCGAGUCUGUUUUUCAGGCUUUAAAUAAUAUCACAAUCCUAAAUAUUCUAGAACAUGCAUACCGUAAUUUCUCUAUCCAAUUUAUUAGGGGAGAAGGGGGAGGGGGGGGGGGUUAAUUCUAAUAUAUACAACUGUUUUGCACGUUUGAUUCUCUUUAUAUAUGCAACAUUGGGUACUGUGAUUUGAUAUCAGUAAAAUAUCAUAAUUAUCUUUCAAAUACAAUACUUUCAUGUUUCACGAUUUUAUACAUUAAUUAAUUGGUUGCAGGAGAAAGGGGUGGGGAGUAGGGGUGGGGGGUGCUAAACAGAGAAAUUACGAUAUACCAUAAGGGAGUGGUCAUUAUUUAUGGGGAGGGGGAGUUGGGAAAUGGGGAAAAUAAGGAUUGAAAACUUUUUGUCCCCCCCCCCUCCAGACUGAAGGCAAACUUUGUGCCUCCCCCCUCAUAAAAGUAGAAACUUCUGACCCCCCCCCAGUGUAGAUUGAAAAAUUAACAGCAAUGAAACAGGUGUGCAUUGCAGGUAAAGUUAAAUAUUAGGACAAUCUGUUCAAUCUAGCUCAUGAUGUUUUACCCUGGGGGUUAGCGCUAACCCUGGGUUAAAAGUUUAACCUGUUGUUUUAGUUUGUGUAUUUCUGCACGUCUGUUUAUUUCAAAACUUCAGACAAGUAAACUCCUAUCCAUCCAGACAAGAUCUCUGAAGAAAUAUUUCCAAAUUUAUAGACAAGCUGUCAGGAAGUUUGCUUUGAAUUUUAGGUUAACCUACUGGUUAAGCUAACCCAGCUUUGAACAACCGGCCCCUGGUGAAUAUGAUUCAACCAUAUAUGAUUAAAAAAUAUAUAUUAUGUGUUACUACUUUGCAAUGCAACAUUUGUCCUACCAUAACCCUAACCCAUGACCCGUCUUCAUACAGCGAAAUGAGAUUUUAAGAACUUGUCUAGGGGGUGGGCAUCUACAAAAAGGGGCCAUACUAUAUUGAGUGUGUAGAGACGACAGAUGGUUGUUGGUGACAAAAAGUUUGGUGUGGUAUCGUAUGUACUAGUAGGGGGCUCUGGGUGUAUUCUCCCCCAGAAAAUGUUUUGUAUUUUUCCACCCCUAGAACUGAAAUGUGAGCAUUUUCUGAAACAGAUUUUUGGAUAUACAGCGUUACAUUGUGCGUUGAUAGACCGAAUCUGAUCAGUUAAGUGUACUUGCAUGGUAUGUUUAUGUAAAUACCACAACUGGGUCACUCAGGGGGUAGAAAGCUUGUUAAACUUAGUGGGCCCAACUCCCGCGAUCGCGAGGCGCUACCAUGGUUGGCGCUGAGCAGUAAUUUUGAAAAUUUUGAGUCUCUAGAUCGUUGGAAAUAGCAUUUUCAGAGUCUUCUUUUUUGCUAUUUGUGAUUAUAGAAAUCAGAACUCUAGACAUGGUAUUUAAGUUCAAAAACCUUUAUGACCCCCCCCCCCUUUCUCUGUGUUAAAACUUUUUUUAAUACCCCCCCUAUUUAUAAGGGUAAACCCCUCCCCAUAAAUAAUGACCACUCCCUAAAUAUGUGUCGGUGCUCACAAUCUUAUUUAUUUUCUAAAUCUUUCCCUGUCAAUUUUAUUAGUCCAGGUUCGUUGUUUAUUAUUUCAUUUGCAUUUAAUCCAUUAUUAAUAAGAAUGAACGGAGGUUCAGGCUCUACGCUGACUGGAACUUCAUUACGCACUCGGUUUUUGUACCAGCCAAUUUCGUGUUCAAACACUCGUGUUACGUUGUUGAUCAUGCACGCCUUUAUCACGAACGCCUUUUCGCCAAUUCAGCCGUAUAUUUGUGCAACCAUCGUGAUCAGUUUAUCAAAAAAAAAAAACAAAGGAGAAGGAAAUAGCGUAGUAGGUUUUAGGAGGUAUUGUUAUGCAACAGCAUUAAUGGCGUGACGUUUGCAAUCUAAUUAUAAUAACUUGUGCAUACGACGCGCGCAUACCAAGAGAAGGGAGUUUUUGUCUUAUCUAUUUAGCAUUAACAGGUUUAAAUUUCCACAACACACUGUCCAUUCUCACUCAAGUAAAUUUAAAUAUGCUAUCCAACAGCAUUAAGACGCAAAUCGGAACAAGACCAACAGAUUACCUAACUCAGACUGAGUAGUUUUCUCUUUAUCAAAACAUCACUUCUCUCCAAAAUGUCCAGAAACGUAGCCAUGCAGGAUUUUUGGUCAGGGGGCAGCAAAAACGUAGGUGGGCUAUGUUUCACUUCUUUUUAUAGAAUAAAUUUUCUCAGGGGGCACCAAAAUUUUACCACGGGGGGGGGGUACCCCGAGCCCCAACAUGGCUACGCUAAAGGCGUACAUGAACAACGAAAUACGAGUGUUUGAGGAUUGGUUGGUACAAAAACAGAGUCGUAAUGAGGUUCCAGUCAGCGUAACUCAGAAUUGGUACGUUGGCCCUUGAGGCAAAGAGUUAACCUGCGUUCUUUGGCUCAAUAAUGGAUUAGACGCAAAGCCAAUAAACAACCAUUACCUGGACUAAUAAAAUUAAUUAACGGGAAAAGAUUUAGAGAAUAAAUACGAUUGUGAAUACCGAGUAAUACUUAGUUUAUGGUAUAUAGUCAUUUCUUUGUUUAGCACCACUUCUUCCCCGGCCCUCUCCUGUAAGCAAUUAAUGUAUAAAAUCGUGGAGUGAAAUUGUAUUUGAAACUUGAAAGAUAAUUAUGAUAUUUUACAGAAAAUCACAGUACUCGAUGUUGCAUAUUUAAAGAGAAUAAAACGUGCAAACAGAUUCUUUGUGUAUAUUAGAAAUACCUCUCCCCCCCCCCCCAAAAAAAAAAGAAGAUAAAUUACGGUAUGAGUUCUAGAACGUUUACAGGACCGUACGCAGAAUAUUUUCAUCAGCUGGGGGCAGUAAGGCCUAUAUGCGAAAAACGUCACAAAUAUCCAAUGAAUAAUUAAUAAUGUUAUUGCCUCCCCUGCUGUGUACGGCUCUGAAUGUUUAGGAUUGUGAUAAUAUUUAAAGCCUGAAAAACAAAUUUGCUUGCAAACGUUAUGCAAUUGCUGUAGUAUAAAAUAACAUCAUAUUUUAAUUAAUAUUUUAAAUAAGUUAUUAUUGUAAUGUUGGCUUGGAAGUGUUCCUGGCGAGGGCUCGAUACGGUACAUUGCUCAGAAUGUUUGGUAAACUCCAUUAAAAUGCACAGAACAUAAAAGUAUCAUAUAUUUUUAAAAUAUUCCGAUGUCAUCUUGUUUUAAUAGUCUUGUUCUAUAAUGCAAUGAUCAAGCCGUUGUUCACGUACUGUAGUGUUGUUUGGUCUAAUUGUAGACAAGACAACAUAUUGAAACUUUUCAAGCUUCAGAAGCGUGCCGCUAGAAUAAUUUUAAAUUUUGAACCACGGCAUCCGUCUAUUGAUGCAUUCAAUCAACUUAAUUGGAUUCCUUUUUAUGUCGAAAAAGAUAUCAGGAGGUGCAUGUUGGCGCAUAAACGUAUUAAUGGUGAGGGACCAGAAUAUCUGAAAGAUUUGCUGCUUUUGAAUAGCGAAGUGCACUCUCGUUCCACACGUGGUGCAGGACUGUUAUUUAGAACGCCGAAAUAUUAUCGUCAAACUGCGGGUGGUAAAAGGUUUUCAACAUGCACAAGUAAACUUUGGAACAGUUUACCGCUGAACAUAAGAUCCAUUGCAUCAGCCAAAACAUUUAAACGGUCUAUUGUUAAUAUAUUUUUAGAAUAUCAGAAAGAACAUAAACAUUUUACUACUUUUACUACAAUAUUUUCAAACUACUAAUUUUGUAUUUUAGAAAUCUUAUUUAUGUAUAUAUUGUUUAGUUAAUCUAGUAUGUAUUAUUGUAAUAUUUUAUUGUAUCUGAGGGCCACAGGUUUGUUAGUGUGAAUUCACUAUUAUGUGCUACCCUAGUAAAAUAAAGUUUUUCAUUCAUUCAUUCAUUCAUUCAUUCAUUUACUUCAGCCCUGUUUUCGCACAUUUCAUAAUUUUUCUUGUCCAGUCCUAGAUUGAGAUCAGUUUUUCUUAUCUGCGCGUGCGCAUUACGUGUUUUGUGCUCAAGCGCAUGCGUAUUUGCAACACAACAAUGGCGGUUCAUGGAUUCCGAAACACGAGGAAGCGUGAACUUUGAAGGGCUUAUACUUCAAUUUGUGCAACUAUUUCGCUUGGGGGGAAGUGGAUUCUAACUAAGUAAGUUAUAAUCUAUAGAUUCAUGUAAAAAUUAUGUAGUUACACGAGGGGUGCUACGGAAUUGAACAUAUUCGACCCUCAUCCAACGGCCUAGUAGUCUCUACAGUUAGUUAUGAUUGCAUGUACCAAAUUUGAGGAACGUAACUAAAAAAUUGAGCACGCAGUGACAAUUUUUCUGAAACAGGAAUCUAUCAUAUGAUGUAACCUUAACUUGUAAGUGGCAAUGUGCCCUAAUACUUCAUUAUUUUACUCUGUCUAAUGGGAGAGUGCUGCCACUAAAUAGGUUAAUUUUACAAUGUUUCAGAUACGGAGCACCCAUUCGCACACCAUGGCGUGUUCUUGUUGAAAAUUUGUCCACAAGAGUUAGUUGGCAGGUAGGUCACUAUAAACAUUAGCUUUAUUUGCUAAUUUUAUUACAGUUUAUUGUUUCAGCUUUUAUAGAAACACUUUUAAGCAAUAUUAGAAGGCUUUGGUCUCUAGUGACCAGUAACCUAAUAUGUGUAUUUUUGUCCAUAUAUCUCCCAAAACAUUCCAAGAGUAUCUGUUUAGACAAUUUCCUAAGAAUUUUCCAAGAAAUAUUCUAAGAAAUUAUUUAAAUCAUUUCAGUAAGAUGUGUAGAUGUGAGUCACUGAGCCUGCAGACUGGUGGCCAGCAGGCAUACAGUGAGAGAUGACAGAGGCUUUGAUGCUUGAGGUGUCGUUAGAGAUGUCGUUAGACGAUGCCAAUUGAAAAUGUCAUUGUGAUGUCAUUACAUGAAGCUAAUUGAAUGAAUCGAAUGUUUGAGAAGCUUGAUGUCAUCUAAGAUGUCUGAUGCUAUGUGGCUGCGCUCGGAUGACAUCGGAGAGAGAUGUUUCGACCUGUGUAUCUUUCGAAGAUGCACCUUUAAUUUUUGCUGUGACCUAAAUUCAAUUGCUAUGAAACCUGCUCUAGGUUUGUUGAAAUGAACGAGGAAGCUUUGUCCAAUUCCCAAUUUAAAACAGUUUCAAUUUGACAUACAUUUUCAUUUUUGAACAGCCUAUUUUGAUGCUUUUGUUUAAAUCUAAUUAAGUGUAAAGUUUGUGAGAAUAUGCUGCAUACAACAUAUUUCCAGUAAAAUUAUCGGCAUUCAAUACUGCUGAAUUAAAAUGGGCUAUUAUUAAGAUGUAAUUAAGAAAGAAACAACUUGGCCCUAAUAUUUCACCAGUCACCAAAAAUGACUGUAAAUCUGAUGGAUCAGAGCAUGACAAAACAGCAAUAAAAAAUUUUUUCUCUGAAAAUAAACACCGGUUCAAUAUGCAAAAAGCGAAACUGGUCACAGGAAGAAGAUUGAGAUGAAGAUGUUGUAUAAAUGAAUUUUGAUCACUUCAGGAUUUAAAAGAUUACGUACGACAAGCUGGAGAUGUCACUUAUGGCGACGCCCACAGACCUAACAAGGGUGAAGGGUAGGUGCACACGAUGAACAAAAUAUUGGGGGGGGGGGGUGUGAAUUGAUGGUUUCCUUACAGCAACAGUUACAUGGGAAAAUAAUGCAUCUUUAAUCUUUCAGAGUUCUGGAAUUUGCAACACAUUCUGAUGCUCGAAAUGCUGUAAGAAAGUUAGAUGGAACCACAUUAAAUGGCAAGAAAGUUCGUCUCAUUGAUGUAAGUCAAGUUUCCUUUCAUACUUUUUGAUCAGCUCUUGAAAGAAAUGACAAUCGCUGAUUUUCUAUCUUUGGUUUUAGGACACUCCGAAAACCAAACGUUCUCGAUCUCGAAGCCGUUCAAGGUACAGGAAUUUUGGAUUGUUCAUUUAAUUUGGAUUUAAAUUAUUAGUUCAAAAAUUUAGGCCAAACUAGAUUAAUUUAUAAUAUAAUACUUUUGGGAAAGACCACGUAAAUUUAUUACUGCAAUUAAUUAAUUAAGAUUAAUGAUGAAUUAUUAUUCAUUUAAUAUAUUAUAAUAAAUGAUUACUAAAUUGAUAUAAUUAUUCAGAUCUUCAUCUCGUUCAAGACGACGUCGUAGUAACUCUCGAUCCAGAUCCCGCUCCAAGUCUCGCUCGAGGUCUCGCUCUAAGCCUCGUUCCAAGUCUCGAUCCAGAUCUCCACAGUCCAGAUCUCGCUCAAGAUCGCCACGACGUUCACGUUCCAGAAGUCGUUCCAGUUCCCACUCGCCACGUAACCCAUCUCCAAUGAAGAACAACCAGAAUGGUGGUGGUGAUGAUGGUGGCGAUUGAUUUACAUUUAUUUACAAUAAGUUGUACAAAGACUUCCUAGCCUUCACCAGCAACUACACAAUGUCUUUCUGUACUAAUGUGUUCACACGUUUGCUUGUGUUUGCUGUAGUUUUGCUUAAGUCUAGAGCGAGCAUUUUUUUACAAUAAGAAUCAUACUAAAGCCCCAUACAGACCGGACGCUAUUUGGCAACGCGAUGCGAAUUUUCAGUUUUCAAUGACAUUUAACUUUAAUAUUUUUCAAUGUUUUUCAAAUAUUCGGAACCACUUAAGCAAUUUUAGCUAUUUGAUCUGCAUAUCUUGUGAAAUUUUUAUCCGUUGACGGUUUUAUUUGUUUUUGAAAACUGAAAAUUCGCGUCGCGUUGCCGAAUCGCGUCAGGUAUGUGCGGGUCGCUUGUAGUUUUUGCGAUUUUCAUCUUCUGAUGCUUGUGCAUGAACGAGUAGAUGAAUUGUGAAUAUUCUGAGUAUUUUUCUCACUGAACAUUCAUUCAUAACUCAUUCACUCGUUUACAUCUAUCAGACGAAGAAAAUCGCACCAAGAGCAAAAUUUAUUUGUGCGACAAUGGUUCUAAGGUUGAUCAAACAGAGAAGCUUUCUAUAACUCCUAAUUUAUCCAGCACAUGAGUUUCACCACGAAUAUUAAUCAUUUGCUUGCGAUAUGUAGACAUUUUUAAUCAUUACCCAUGCGCGUUGAAAGGUUAACAACUGUUCAUUUUUCGCAAAAAUAUGAAUGUCAGAUUGCCUUUUGUUAAUAGAGUAACAAAUUAUCGAAUGCACUGUAACGGCAUUGUUGUUAAUAAAUGUUUUAAUUAAUGAACACAUGUCAGAUACUUUUUGUGUUGGUGUUAUGUACUCUGGUGAAUGGC